AUGGAGUGCAGCGUAGGCGUAGAGAAGGCGGCGGCGGCGGCGGCGGCGGCUGCAGGUGUGGGCGGCGGAGGAGGGUACGGCUGCGGCGGGUGGGAGACGCCGAAGCGGGAGGAGUGCCGCAUCCCGGCGACGCUGCCCUGCCCCGCGGCGCCGAGGAAGGCCGUGCCGGACUUCGGGAAGCGGCGCAGCCCGCCCAAGAACGGCUACUUCCAGCCGCCGGACCUGGAGGCGCUCUUCGCGCUGGCGCCGCGCCGCCAGGCCUCCUGCGCGUGA